UUAAAUUAAAAUAUGUACUCAACAUCUGUUUUUCAAUUUACGACUGCAAUGCCAUUGCUGUUCACAAUUUACAAUAAUUACUACAACAAAAGGUAUGUUUAUUUAUGUUUAAUUUGCAUUUCAUUAUAAUUUAUUUUAAUUAUUUCUUCAUCUUUGCGUUUUAAGAUAUAAUGUAUUAAUUCAGAUAAUAAUAUCACUGGGAAUGAAUUUCAGUGUUCUGGCAUACAGCAGUUUACGAUGUCUGACCAAUCAUUACAAAGACGGUGACGAAUGCAAAGAGUGUCCACUUGGUUAUUUUGGUGACAACUGCACGAAGAUAUGUCCUUCGUCAUACUAUGGUCGUGUGUGUGUCCACAAAUGCGAAUGCUCACCAUGCCAUCAUAUCUACGGUUGUGUUUCUACUACCCUUAUACGUGUAGCAGACACAACAAAGGCUAGUUAUUCUUAUGAAACCAAGGAUAAAACAACAGGCACAAAUCAAAUGACAGAAACAACUAUAUAUGAAUAUAAAGACGAAUAUAAACCGAAUUGCUCAAACCAAACACCAGGAAAUAUGAAAAUAUCUGAUACGAUUUUAGUCAUUUCCGUUGGAUCUUUAUUAUGUGUCAUGUUAAUAUUCGUAAUCAUUCGAGAACUUUGUCUUUGCUGCCGAUUUACUCAACCUGUUGGCAGACGGAAAACUCAGGAUGACGUUUAUGCAAAUAUUGAUGAAAUGUAAAAUGAAAGAACCUUUACUGGUUAAUUGGUCAGAAACAUUUAGAUAUAAUUGUAUACCAAUAAUUGUUAAACACAUUAUUACUUGCUUCAUAUUAUAUAAAAAACCACGUGAAUAAAAGAGUUUUUAUCUAUUUCUCUACAAAAUUAUUUAACAAAGAAAAAAACCCAAUAUUCUAUGUAUCCUGAGCUACCCAUGUUAAAACCACGGGGUUUCAAAUAAAAUAUUGAGCUAUUGAAAAACCGAAACUAUCAUGAAAAAAAAACCCCGAAUUAUUUCUGUUCUGAGUUAUACAUGGCGGGAAAAAAUGCAUGGUGACAAUAAAAAUACCUAUUUACAGACGUUGUGUUAUUGGGAGUUGAUUUUAAUCAACUCUCCUAUGCACUUACUCGGGCAAAGCGAAAGUGAAACAGUGUUUGGACCUAAGCACAAAUCAAUACUGCUGACAACAAUUAAAAAUUAGUUCUUGAAAAGUUCUUGAAUCAAUA